CGCCGCCGCCGCCGCGUCCCCAGCGCCCGGGCCGGGCCCGCCGGGGGCCUGCGGGGGCGGCGCAGUUGCGAAACUGACUGACGGCACCGCCUCUGCCUUCGCCUUGUUCCUGUAGCCAGAGACAUGACCUGACAGCCCGAUGAGCCCUCUCCCGGCCCUCGUGUGAGCGGUGCACCAUGGAACUGAAAGUAUGGGUGGACGGAGUCCAGAGGAUUGUGUGUGGGGUCACCGAAGUCACGACCUGCCAGGAGGUCGUGAUAGCCUUAGCUCAAGCAAUAGGUCGAACUGGAAGGUACACUCUCAUAGAGAAAUGGAGAGAUACCGAGAGACACCUGGCCCCUCAUGAGAACCCAAUCAUCUCCCUGAACAAGUGGGGGCAGUACGCAAGUGACGUCCAGCUCAUCCUGCGGCGCACGGGGCCGUCUCUGAGCGAGCGACCCACUUCGGACAGUGUGGCUCGCAUUCCUGAGAGGACUUUAUACCGACAGAGUUUGCCCCCCUUAGCCAAACUGAGGCCCCAGAUUGACAAGUCGAUCAAAAGGCGAGAACCCAAAAGGAAGUCAUUAACAUUCACAGGAGGUGCCAAAGGGUUAAUGGACAUUUUCGGAAAAGGCAGAGAAACGGAAUUUAAGCAAAAGGUGCUGAACAACUGCAAGACGACAGCGGACGAGCUGAAGAAGCUGAUCCGGCUACAGACGGAGAAGCUGCAGUCGAUCGAGAAACAGCUGGAAUCCAAUGAACUAGAAAUACGAUUCUGGGAGCAAAAAUACAGUUCUAACCUCGAGGAGGAAAUUGUCCGCCUGGAGCAAAAGAUCAAAAGGAACGAUGUAGAAAUUGAGGAGGAAGAAUUCUGGGAAAAUGAAUUACAGAUUGAACAGGAAAAUGAGAAGCAGCUGAAGGAUCAGCUCCAAGAAAUCCGCCAGAAAAUAGCCGACUGCGAAAGCAAACUGAAGGACUACCUGGCCCAGAUCCAGACCAUGGAGAGCGGCCUGGAGGCAGAGAAACUGCAGCGGGAAGUCCAGGAGGCCCAGGUCAAUGAGGAAGAGGUCAAGGGCAAGAUCGGCAAGGUCAGGGGGGAGAUUGACAUCCAAGGGCAGCAGAGCCUGCGGCUGGAGAACGGCAUCAAAGCUGUGGAAAGAUCUCUGGGACAGGCGACCAAGCGGCUGCAGGACAAAGAGCAGGAACUGGAGCAGCUGACGAAAGAGCUGCGGCAGGUCAACCUGCAGCAGUUCAUCCAGCAGACAGGGACGAAAGUCACGGUGUUGCCAGCCGAGCCCAUCGAGAUAGAGGCGUCCCACGCAGACGUGGAAAGAGAACCACCGCUGCAGUCGGGGUCCCUGAAGCGCCCUGGCUCCUCACGGCAGCUGCCCAGUAAUCUUCGGAUCCUGCAGAACCCCAUCUCGGCCGGCUUUAAUCCCGAAGGCAUCUAUGUAUAACGCUGGCUGUCGGGAGAACAGAGGUACCGCGGACGGUGAGAUCCCUUCUUUGCUUUGCGCCAGUGAUGAACGGAGGAUCUGUGUCUUUGCUCUCCUACACUGCGUCCCACUCGGAGCCACACCUGUGCAGUGCCGCGGAAGCUCGGAGAGGCUGCGUCGGCACACACCCACAGUGUUGACCUUUCCUGCCAGCAGCUGUAAAGCAAAGCCUUCAGGUUUACGUGUAGCGUUCUGAGAGCAAUGGAGAAGUAUUAUUCUGUGUGAACACAUAAAUAAACAUGUGACUGGCUUAGUUUAAUUUAUUCCAUUUCAUUGAUGAAGCGUGUAAAUGUCCAUGUUGUAAUAUUUUUGUAUCACUUUAUCCUGUGACUUAGUUACAUUACGUACUGUGUGAUUCUGAGUGCACGCUGCCAGACUCCGUCCAUGCAUUGCUGAUGUACAGCUGCGCACGUCGUGUCGUGGGGCGCUCCGCCAUCGCAGCGACCCCACGAGAACCCGCUCGCACUGACGUCUGUGAACCUGUCCGAGCACUGCAUCACUAGGCAGAGUCAUUCGGAUUUCUUUUUAUUCUGGAACUCACCCUUUGCUCCAUGCUGUUUGCCAAAUAUUUAAGGGAUCACAGAGCAGAACCGAAGUAGUUUUCCAUGAAGUAACCUGUAUGUGUAAAAGGUAGGCAGUGUUUCAGAUACUGUAGAAGGAAAAGGUUAUUUUCAAACAUGGAUCCAAGCAGGCGUGGGGGGGUCCCAACCCAUACCUGCUUGUACCCUGCCUUGUCACUGCUGGGCACUCAAAUGACGUAUAACAUCUAGGUGCUGGACGUCGGAGGACCAGGGCAGUGACAGCUCUGAGGAGAGCCCACGUUUUAGGUGUGGUCUGUCGCUGGACAGGCUGAUGUCCCCGUCACUGGGACACAGGGAAGGUAGAGGACAGUGGACCACGCUGUACAAGGAAAGGGAGCCAGGUUUAGAAGGCGCUUCCAUUUUCUGACUCUAACAGGGGUUAAUCUCCAUUCUUACAGAUACUUUCCAUUUAUAAAACCAAAAAUGAGUCAGCACCUUUCCCGUGAGUGCUGGCUUUGUGACUACAAUUCACAAAGAAUAUUCAGACAGAUGCUGUCAACUCUUAGCCAUUUUCACUUUCCCUCUGAUCAGACUUGGUACAAUAGGAUUAAGACCUUACUCUGAAAUUUAAAGUAGUUUUUAAUUCUGAAAGAAAUGCAGUCUCUGUAUUAUUUACAUGCAAUAAAAUAAAAGUGGAUUAAUAUAGUCAUGUCACGGUAACAAAAAGAUAUGUCUCAUGCAUGAAGGCAACUUUGGACGUUUUCUCAUAGUUGACUUAUUUUUGGUUUAAUGAAUGCUGAGAAUGCUGCUUUAUUUAGGUUUCCUAUGAAAAAUAUUGAGAAUGGCUAUUUUAAAUAUAUAGAAGCUUUUAGAGAAUUGAAAGUAAAAAUGCAGUAUUGCCUUUUCUGGUCCAGCUGAACAGUAGACCGCAAGUGAAGAGACCGUUUUCUCUGGGUUCUUGGAGUUACUGAGUUGAUCUUGCCAUUAUACCAUUUUGCAAAUAACUUGGGAAAUAAAUGAUUCUUACCUAAGUAACCACAACCUGUACACAUUUGCUCUCAGUUGGUAAGUUAUUUCAUAUCUACAUAUAUUUUAAAAUUAGGAUAAUAUAAAAGUUAAAAUAAUUUGUAGCUCUUUUGAUAAUAGUGAUUUAUGUAUACCCAGUAUAUGCCUUACUUUUAAAAGGUCCCAUCCUAUACAGUCAUUUUGUUGUUUAGAGAAACUGAGAUCUUGUUCACAAAGAAAACCAUUUUAUAAACUGUGUUCUAUUGAAAUCAAAAACGUUAAAUUGUAGGUGUAUCAUUGCUGCAGCUGCACGGUUUACCUUUGCAUACUGUGACACACCUGUCAGUAUUUUACUGCAGUACUCUUAGAACUCACCUCCUCACCGUACAGAAGGGCAAGCAGCGUGGUGCCGGCUGCGGCAGGCCUGGACUCUGUCCGCUGCCCAGGCAUCCUGUGCCAGUGCCACGUCCUGCGAGGGUGGGGACAGAAGUGUGACCUGGGGGAACGCUGAGCAGCUGCGCUCUUCAGCCAGUCCCAUGACUUCCGGAAGCACAUCUCGAAUAUUUUCGAAGCCUCUUUUUUAAAACAGGGAAGAAAAAACUCAUUACUGUUGGAACAUGUUCAACUAUUUUAGUCUACUUGUGAAUACAACUGAGUCAGAUUAAGUGCCACAUCUUUGCAUACAUUUUGGAGGGGGGAGCAGACAAUGGUAUAUACAAAUACCAAAUAUAAAAUUUUGCAUCUGGGGGAAAUACUCAGAUUCUAAAUACUAAAAUGGAUUAUAAAUUUGUAUGUUUUUUUAAAAUCAUAGUGCAAGAAGUUUUGUGAUUUUCUACAAGUAUUAAAAAUAUUAAGAAAUAUUUUCUUUUCCUACCAAGGAAUACAUUGAAAUAGCAUUGAGCUGUUUGCCCUUCCUGCGUAUCUGUCCUCCUCAGAGAAUGCUCUGGAGUGGGCUGUGGCACUGCCCUCGAGAGAUUUUGGUUUGUUGCCAUUUGCUGUUUUACCUUGAUGCACAGGGAAUUUUUUUCUGAAUUUCCGUUAUUAUCAAUAGAACUACCCAUUAAAUUCCUUCAAGCGCCAAUGAGUUAACACAAUCCCUGUAGUCCAAAUUCGUCACAGACAGUAGCUAAACCAAGAUGGAUAAGGAUGAAAUACACACCUGCCUAUGUAAUGCAGUACAAAUAUCAGAGAAGUUAUAGUAUGCACUGUGAAAUACAGUAACGCCUGAGAGUAAACACGAACUUGCACAGCAGACAUAAAUGCAACCCUGCAGUUCAAGACAAUUUUCUUUGUGAAUAAGAACAAAAGUGUUUAGCAAAAAAAAAAAGAACUCUUCAUUUGAAGCCAAGUUUCUGUGAGUAUCUUUGCAGGUCAGAACUGUACUGGAUUGAGGACUGGCUAUGGAAAGGGGCACGGGCGGAUGGCCAGUUCCCCUGCGCAUUGCCUUUGAAUAACUGGGCCUUAAAUUAUGUGUAAAUACGCACUCUGUCCACAUCCCUCCUGUCCCUGGCGCUGUGUGUAGUAGUUACAGAUACUGUGUUGAAGUUCAGCUCGUAAGUAUUACUUUUCCCUUAUGUCAGUUUGUUUAAGCUGCGUUUUUAUACUCUUGGUGACAGUAUUUUUCAGUUUGGGGCAAAGGCCAUCAGCUGUAUGGAAUCGAGAAACAAUCGCUAUUUAUUCACUGUUGCUGCUUCCCGGGUCCCAGGCUGGCUUCCCCGGGCCAGCGCCGGGGCCACCUGAAAGCUGCAGGAGCUCUUUCCAAGGCAUUUUAUAUAUUUUUAGAAACCAAAUAAAUGCAGAUCACUAUUUAGUAUACUAAUUAUAUUAAACCAGCAGAAAUAUAAAGGCAAUAAAGUAUAUACAUAUAUAUGGGGGGAGGGAAAAGAUUUUAAAAAGUCAGUUUACAGCCAGACCUGGUGACAGCCCUGUGCACACUUCCCAGCCUGUCGCUCCUCGUGUACCCAUGGAGGACGUGAGCUGCUGCAGCUUUGAACAGAGAAUUGCCACGUCCACCACGGUGGACACAGAAAUAUGCUCUUAGCAACUGCUUUGCUUAUGUACAAAUAACACAUGUAAUAUGUACUGUAUGUAAUUAUUUUCCUUGGACUCUCGUUUCAAAACGUGUAUUUUCUGAUGAUUAUCAUGAGCUGUAAAACAAAAGAUCAAUAUAUGAUAUUCUCCCAAAUAAUAAAUUUUCAGGACUCAUUGGA